AUGGUGAAGCCAGACAUCCACACUCUGGCCCACCACCUGAAGCAGGAGCGGCUGUACGUGGCAUCGGAAAAGCAGCUGAUCCAGAGGCUCAACAGUGAUGUUCUGAAGACAGCUGAGAGACUGUACCGGGCCGCGUGGAUCGCUAAGCAGCAGAGGAUCAACCUCGAUCGUCUCAUUCUCACCAGUGCCGAGGCCUCUCCGGCUGAAUGCUGCCAACAUGCCAAAAUGCUGGAAGACACGCAGUUUAUUGAUGGCUACAAGACUCUGGGCUUCCAGGAGACUAUCUAUGGCGAGUUCGUGGCCAGGUUAAGGGAGAACCCCAGACUUGUGGCUUCCUGUCUGGUGGCAGGAGAGAGGCUGAACCAGGAGCACAGCCAGGGAGUCACCUAUACCGUCUUCACCUCCCUUUAUGGCAACUGUAUUAUGCAGGAGGACGAGAGCUACCUGCUCCAGGUGUUGAGAUAUCUGGUUGAGUUCGAGCUGAAAGAGAGUGACAACCCUCGGCGCCUUCUGCGGCGGGGAACCUGUGCCUUCAGCAUCCUUUUCAAGCUCUUCUCCGAGGGCCUGUACUCAGCCAAGCUCUUCCUCACCGCCACCCUCCACGAACCCAUUAUGCAGCUGCUGGUGGAAGACGAAGACCACCUUGAGAUCGACCCGGCCAAAGUGACCGAGCGCCUCACUCCGGCCCAGCAGGAACGCUUUGGAGAGAAGGGCUCCGAGGGCUACAAACAAAGGGUGCAGACGGCCGUGGAGGCAAAUGAAGCCAAGCUGGUAGCUCUGGUCAACAAGUUCAUCGGUUACCUGAAGCAGAACACCUACUGCUUUCCGCACAGCCUGCGCUGGAUCGUGUCGCAGAUGUACAAGACCUUGUCGUGCGUGGAGCGCCUCGAGGUGGGGGAGGUGCGCACCAUGUGUACAGACCUGCUGCUGACCUGCUUCAUCUGCCCCGCCAUCGUUAACCCCGAGCAGUACGGCAUCAUCUCAGACGCCCCCAUCAACGAGGUGGCCCGCUUCAAUCUGAUGCAGGUGGGGCAACUUUUGCAGCAGUUGGCGAUGACCAACGAUGAUGCGGACCCAAGGCGGAAAAGCAGUUUGGCCAAAUUUGACAAGAGUUGUGUUGCUGCGUUUCUGGAUGUGGUGAUCGGAGGAAGGGCCGUCGAGACCCCACCCAUGUCCUCAAUGAACCUCCUUGAAGGCCUCAGUCGGACGGCGGUCUAUAUUACACACAAUCAGCUGCUCGUGCUGGUGGACUUUGUGCGUAACGUGAUGGCCGGGGACCACCUCCGGGAGGAGGAGCACAUGGCUCUGGAGACCCUGGUGGCCAACGUGCCCCAGUCCCGAACUGUGAAGAGCAACAGCCUGGAGCUCACUCCCUCCAACACACCCCAGCUCUCCCCGGCUACCACUCCUGCCAACAAGAAGAACAGGCUCCCCAUAGGACAACAUUUAGCCGCUAUAACAUCCUGGGACCCGUCAACCACCACUCUGUCUGCCCACAUUGAAUUAGUAACCCCUUUUGCAAACGCCCGUAGCCGCAGCCGUACGAACAUAGCCCAGGAGGGGGAGGCAGAGGGCAGCUCCCAGGAGUCCAUUCAGGAGCUGAUGCCAGAGGAGGUGCUUGUGAUUUCACUAGGAACUGGUCCUCAGUCGGUCCCUGGGAUGAUGUCAGAGAAUGAGGUUUUGAACCUGCAGUUGGCUGAUGGGGCCCAGGGGGACAGCCAUGCUGAUGACACUAAGCUGCACGGCAAACCAGACAAAACACUGCGCUUCUCCCUCUGCAGUGACAACUUGGAAGGCAUUUCGGAGGGUCCGUCCAAUCGUUCUAACUCUGUGUCAUCUCUGGACCUGGAGGGGGAGUCUGUUUCUGAGCUGGGAGCCGGACCGUCAGGGAGCAACGGCGUGGAGGCUCUUCAGCUUCUGGAGCACGAACAGGCCACCACUCAGGACAAUCUGGAUGACAAACUGCGCAAGUUUGAGAUCAGAGACAUGAUGGGUCUGACAGAUGAUAGAGACAUCUCCGAGACGGUCAGCGAAACCUGGAGCACCGACGUGCUCGGCAGUGACUUUGACCCCAACAUGGAUGAAGAUCGGCUGCAGGAAAUUGCAGGGGCGGCUGCGGAGAACAUGCUCGGCAGCCUGCUGUGUCUUCCUGGCUCGGGUUCAGUGCUGCUGGACCCCUACGGCUCCACCAUCUCGGAGACCACAAGCGAGGCUUGGAGCGUGGAAGUCCUUCCCAGUGACUCGGAAGCCCCUGACCUGAAACAGGAGGAGCGUCUGCAGGAGCUGGAGAGCUGCUCCGGGGUCGGAAGUACCUCCGAUGACACAGAGGUCCGAGAGGUCAGCUCGAGACCUAGCACACCAGGCCUCAGUGUUGUCUCAGGCAUCAGUGCAACCUCUGAAGAUAUUCCCAACAAAACCGAGGACCUGCGGUCAGAAUGCAGCUCAGACUUUGGAGGGAAGGACUCUGUGACCAGUCCAGAUGGGGAGGAGUCAAGCCACGGCGCACACCAUCUGACAUCUCCCCCGUCACAGACAGAUUCCUUGCUGGCCAUGUUUGAUCCUCUCUCCUCCGCUGAAGGCUCCUCAACUGGGACAAUAGUAAGGCCCAAAGUGCACUACGCCAGGCCCCCUCACCCUCCCCCGGACCCCCCCAUCCCUGAGGCCAGUGCCCUGGGGCCGGACACGCGUCACUCUCUCUUCAUGCCCCACUGCCUGGUCCAGGCUGAGCUGGAACACACCAAGCAGCGCCACUCCUUCCCGGACAGGCUGGUCCGUAGCCGCAGCUCCGACAUCAUGUGCCCGAGCCGCCGGCCCACGAGUGACCCCGGUCUUAACCGGCGGGUCGCGGUUGAAGAGCGCGACCCUGCCGGGGCCUUCGCCUUAGGACCGUCCUCGUCCCCGAGCAAGGACUCGCUGAAAGGAGAGCCUGAAGACCGAAAAGACAGUGAUGACGAGAAGUCUGAUCGCAACAGGCCAUGGUGGAAGAAGCGUUUUGUGUCAGCCAUUCCCAAAGUGCUGUAUUGGACGGCUGAGAGUGAUGUCCCAGCUCCCAUAGCUGCAUUUCGGAAGAGGGACAAGCAUGAGAAAGACGACGUUGCCCCAGAGCGUGUCCCACAAGAUGACUCGCUGCCCAGACAGAGCUCUCAUGCUCAGGCAGCUGAGGACAUUCUGGACAAGUACAGAAACAUCAAGAGGACCAGCCCGAGUGAUGGAGCCACCGGUGGAGCUUCUUAUGAUGGUACAGGAGAUCCUUGUGUUGAGGACAGCGUCCAUGACUCUCCUAGAGAAGAGACUCACAUUUCAGCUGAUGACCUUCCAGACUCAGCCAGCCAGACAGCACAGCAGCACGACUCCAAGUUCUCUUUCAGUGAUGCAAAGAAGAAGUUGAGGUUGGCAUUGUGUUCCGCCGACUCCGUGGCUCUGCCCAUCAUGGCUUCUGUAACCACACGAAAUGGGCUGCCUGACCACAUGGACUGUGAAGACAAUGAGAUCGUCUGCUUCCUGAAGAUCCAGCUAGCAGAGGCCAUCAACCUUCAGGAUAAGAACCAGAUGGCCCAGAUCCAGGAGACAACGCGUUGUGUCACCCGCUUCGACGCACGUACCUGCAGGAAGCUGCUGGCUGCCAUCGCGGAGGAUUACAGGAAGCGGGCCCCAUACAUCGCUUAUCUGACCAGGUGUCGUCAGGGCCUGCAGACCUCUCAGGCCCACCUCGAGAGGCUCCUGCAGAGGGUGCUGAGAGACAAGGAGGUGGCCAACCGCUAUUUCACCACCGUGUGCGUUCGGCUCCUUCUUGAACACAUGGAGUGCAAGACGCUUGAUUUCAUUAAAGCGUUCCAGGGGUGCACAGCAUCGGAUGAUAAGACGGCAGCAGUGGAGGAUUUCCUGCGCUACUUAUACGGUGCCAUGGCCCGUGAUGCCAUUUGGCAGUAUGCUAGCGAGGACCAGCUGCAGGAUGCCCAGAUGGCUAUUGAGCGCAGCGUUAUGAACCGCAUCUUCAAACUGGCUUUCUACCCCAACCUGGAUGGAGAUAUUCUCCGAGACCAGCUUUUCCAUGAACAUAUCCAACGGCUUACAAAAGUCGUGACGGCCAAUCAUAAAGCUCUUCAAAUCCCAGAGGUUUAUCUGAAGGAGGCUCCCUGGCCCUCUGCACAGUCUGAGAUCAGGACCAUCAAUGCAUACAAGACGCCACGAGACAAAGUCCAGUGUAUACUGCGCAUGUGUUCCACCAUCAUGAACCUCCUCAGUCUGGCCAAUGAGGACUCCGUCCCUGGAGCGGAUGACUUUGUCCCUGUGCUCGUCUUUGUCCUCAUACGGGCAAACCCGCCCUGCCUGCUGUCCACCGUUCAGUACAUCAAUAAUUUCUAUGCCAGCCGGCUGAGUGGGGAGGAGUGCUAUUGGUGGAUGCAGUUCACCGCGGCUUUGGAAUUCAUUAAGACCAUCGACGAUCGCAAGUGAAGCAGAACAGCCACCUGUAUGGGCAGACUGCGGGGGAAGGAGCCGGGAGACUUGGAGACUUCCCAAGCAACUGCUCCCUCUGCACAGCUUCUAAAACCUGGCCCUCAGCCUGCUCUUUAUUUGUAUAGCUUGUACAUAGCCAGAGACGUUGAAAGAGUACAAAAUAUAUAUUACUGUAUGUAUGUGGACAAAUCCAGGUUUUAGCCGUGCUAAAAAAUUGGCAAGAUGAUAACUCUGAACCUGAUUUGGAUUUUUUUUUUUUUUCUCUCUUUAAUCUUGUUUCACGUUUGGGGUCUGUAUUAGGAAUUUUAUAAAUAUACAAUUACCAACAUGAUAUUAAAUAACUCUAAAAGAUAAUCCUGAUAUAAAGGGACCAGACUUCCUUGAUGUGAUCACUGAUCAUUUUACCCCCCCCCCCCCAGUGAGAGGGAAGGACUUCCAAUUAAAUUACAAUAUAUUGUUCAUUAAAACCAUUGUAACGCAGGGACCGACGGUGCGUGGUAGUUACUGAUGGGGUUUAGCGACUCGUAAAAACUGAAAUCAAUUCACAAUAAUACUACUCACAAGCUAAGUGUAUCAAAGAAAUAGGGCAGCUUUUUCAAUGGAUUGUUUACUUCAUCUUAUUUCCUGAAAACAAAUGGCAAUUUCGACAUAAGGGCCCAUAUAUUUAUAUGAAAUAAAAUGUAUUUAUUUCCGUAAUUCUAUUUAAUGCUUUUUCUUUUUCUUUUUUUCUUUUUUUUUUUAAAAUACAUUUUUCUUUUUUUAAAUGCAUAUCAUGCCCGUUAAAGAUGUCUGUGGCAAGAGGGGUAAUUAUAAGAAACUUGACAGAAGUUGAGUUAGGGAGGCACCCUAGCAAUGACUACGCUGGGGAUUAAUGAUACAGGGUCAACGCAUUCAGAGUAGUGGUGGAAAUAUUGGAAAUUGUGCCUUUUGAUGUGGGCCGCUCUGUACCGGUAGUUAUUUUAAGCAUUGUCCCCUUCCACCCUCCUCGCAGACACAAAGAAGCACACAUUUACACACACGCCAAUGAGCUAACCACGUCACUGAUAGUCAUUGCUUAGUCCCUUUAAGGCUCCUGAAUCUGAACCAACAUCCCCUCGGUGUUCUGGAUCCUUCCUCAGUUGAAGCCCACGAGCCGGAUUAUGACUCGUCUGUACUGGUGGUCAACAGAGCAUACCGGAUCAUUUUUGCAGUGGUAACAAAAUAUUAAGGGAGGAAAAGUUGUAUACUGAUCGUCUGUGACGUCAGUGUUCAUAUCACCCUCAACCUACACAAGCCUUUGUUUGCAAAUAAAUAGUUUCUGAUAUCGAACCUUAGAGCCAACGUUUGAUAUGGGCAGACUAUUGGAUAUUGCCUCUCUACCUCUUAAGUUCAGAGCAGGGACUCGUGCUUUUGUGCACUUCUAUUUCUGUUCUUUUUUUCUCCCCAAUUUGGCGUGCUGUGUUAUCCCAUUGUCAUUGUAUAGUACAUAGCAUGUCUUCACUUAUCCAGAAACGACUAAAGCCCCUCUCUCUCAAAACCCUCUGCUUCACUUUUGAGACGUGCCACAUGUAUUAUAGGUUUGAAUGAUCCUCUACUUUUCAAGUUAAUUGACCUGACAGCACAAUACACAGUAGGAUAGAAGAGCAAAUGAUCAAUGCUGAUGACUUAAUACUGAUUUGUUUUCCCCCUUUUCUUCAGUUUAUGCUAAAGGUUGCUGGUUGUGUAUGUGAGUGCGUGUGAGAUGAUCAUCUGAUUGUUUGACCCUCUGCCUCCUCUCGCAUGAAGUUAUUGAAUGGGCUGUACAUUCUCGAUCACGAUAAACCGUAGAACAGCGUCUGCCUCAGGCCAGUAAUUGAACCUGCAAGAAGAUGCAAAGCUUCUAUUUGUGUCUGUGAUACUUCAAAUUAAUUAAAAUUUGAUUAAUUUUGCACAAAACAGAUGUUUGGCUGAAAGAAAUUGACAGGGAGCAGUGCAUUUUUAAAUGCCAUUACCUCUGGCCUUUACAGUCAUUUAACAAAGAUAUCUGGGUUAGAAUAUAUUUUGAGUAGCAGAGUUAAUAUCAUAUUUCAAGCAUUUAUCAGCAACAUCACAAGUGUAUUUUUUACAUCAGUCUUACAGCAGCACAUACACCAGAGUUGUACGCGCUUCCUACGAGUCUCUGUAAUCUAUUUGAUGAGCAAACCAUGCACUGGAAAAUCAAGUUGCAGGUUGCAUCCAUACUAAUUAGGUUUAUGUGAUGUCACUUUAAUUGGAAAUACAUAUUGCACAAAUCUGAUGAAAUUAUUUGGACCUGGCUUAAGUUUCAGCGUUUCCCUCAGACAGCCGAUGGCAGCGGCUACGGAUCCAAACGCCCCAUUAGUUACACAAAUAUGCACAUGGUUGUGAUGGCAACUGUAAUUUUAGCUCUGAUUGUAUGCAAGCCACUGGGCAGUAGUGUCAAGUGCACAGACUAAACCGUUGCUCUGUUCCUCAAAGAUUUGCUGCUCUGCUCCCUGUGCAAUUCAGUUAAAAAGCAGAUGAGACAGAAAAAAAACGGUUUUACAUCUCACGUCUAAAUUUACGUUUAAUUGUAAGCUUGCACAAAUCUGACAUGCGGGGAAAGCCGCUUUGUCUUUACUGUGAAUAAUGCAUUAUGUAAUUCUUUAAAAACAAUAAAAGAAUCAGAUGUUU